AUGUUCAAUUUAAUUUUAUGGCCAUUAUUUUUGCUCACCUCUGUUGCCGUUCCUUUGCAACUGACACUGGAAGUAAUUUAUCUGACCUCUUCCGUAAACUUCUCAGAGGCGAGUGCUGCCAAGACCGCUACUUCUUUGGGGCAAUCUCCAGUGGUCAUCACUGUCUAUAAAUCACUGUUGAAAUAUUGGAGUCUUUAUGAAUUCUUACAUUUUAUUUACCUCUAUACUCCGAUCGAUGCCUUUUUGAAUUUCUUACCAUUUUCCUCCUUACUUAUGUCGUUUGGGAGUAUUUGCCUGACAAGAGAGUUGAUGUACGAUUUCAUUAGCUUCAUGGAAUCUCAAGGCAAGCUCACCGGGUUCCUUAAUAAAAUAACAGAACCUAACUUCAACAGUUACCGGCUAUUUUCCUCGGUUUACAAUAUCUGGUUUGCAGAAGACGCCAACGACAAAUUUCUAUUCGGUAAACUGACCCAGAUUCUAAUUUCCUUAACCAAGAGAUACGAAUUUCCAAGAACCUACUACCUGUCAAAGGCUUCCGAUUUCCUUCAAAACCUAAUAUUGACGAGGCUGAGGCCCUUUGUUACAGAACAAACACAAGAUGACACAUUUAAGCAUCAAAACGGUAACCGUGAUUCUUCAGAUAGUGGUACCCAGUACAAUAAGACUUCACAACAAUCAUCCUCUUCUUAUGAGAAUAAUUUCACUAGUACCGAAUUUCCCAAUGAUUACGAUUUUAUGGAUGACAUCCUCGAAGAAACAACAGAGCUAGAUUAG